UCCAGCUAGUCGUAGAAAGGGUCGCAGUCAACGGGCAUCCAGAUUCAAGAACACGAUCUGAAUCACGGACGAGAAGAUGUCGGAAUCAAUGGAAGGAUCAGAUGAGAAACCAGCUCGGACCGUGAAAAACCGGCGGGAAAAAGAGGCCGCAAGUAGCACUAGCAGUGGACUCAUACCCUCAAGUCAAGCUAUGAUGGUCAUACCCUCACGUCAAGCCAUGAUGGACUCAUUAGUGUCUCGAAACUUUGAGCGAAAGAAUUUUGAUCUAGAUAUGGAAAUGGAACCACAACUACAACUAGAAGAAGAUCAUUUUGAUUGGACAUCAUCAUCAUUUUCUCUAUGCGAACCACAACUACAAAGUUAUGAUCAAAAUCCUGUGAAUUGGCCUCCAUUUCCUAUUAUUGAACCACAAGAAACUCAUCUAGAUCCAUUAGAUUGGGCACUCUCUUUUGAUCCGGAGCCACGGCAGCAAAUUCUUAAACACCCUAGUUAUGGGACUCCAGUUCAUGUUCCUGUUGUCAAGCCCCAACUACAAGUAGGUGAACGUCGUACUGUUUGGACUCCGGAGCUUCAUGAAAGAUUUGUGGAGGCUGUCAAUUCCCUUGGCGGAUCUGACCGUGGGUGA